AUGACCCAGACACCCUUUCUCCAUGCCCAGGACAUGAUUGGGAUUUGGAGAGUCUGCAAGAAGGUCCAUCAACCAUUUCCAAAUCCCUCGGAAAUGUACAAGGAAACCAUUGGUUCCAUGAUGGCCAUCACCACCAAGAGUCCACGAGAAGAGAUUGCCUUGCGACUCAAUGAAGACGGAACCUUUGAUCCCUACACUCCUCCUCUUCCCGACGACGAUGAAGAUAACGAUCAACGGGAUUUGCAUCACUUACUGGGAAGAGGAGGUUGUUGGACCUAUGAAGAUCAAACCCUGCUACUGGCGGCAGAUCGACCACCCAAUGCCGAUCCCAGAAUGGUACAGGAUACUCUCUUUCGAGGACGGUUGGUGCCACAAGUCAGUGAAUGUCUCCAUGAUAGUAAUUCCGGGGAGACGGCUGAUCCAGAAAUUGACGUGCAUUUGGCCAUUCCACAGGGUCAAAUAUCAACGGGGAAGUUUCUCUAUCCCAAACAACACAAAUUCUUCUUUGAGGAACCCAUUCUCUUUAAACCAAUCAACUUGGGAUUCUUCUUUAUGAAUCAGCUAUUGGGAAAACGAAAUGCUCAACAAACCAAACCAGAAUUCAACGAAGAGGACAACAAACCACCACCCUUGUUUUAUCCAGAAGAAUUCUACAAUCGUACCUUUUACUUGGCCACUGCGCCGCAUCCCGUCGAUGAAGCAUACGCUGCCGCCGAUCCCCAUUACGACGAAGACGCCGUCAUGUGGGACUUGCGGGUGCUACAAGUAUCCUUUUAUCCCAACAAUACGUUUGCCGCGUUCGGGGCGGAAAAGAUUUUGAGAGGCCGAUUUGGACUCAUGGGAGAGUAUCAAGAUCACUUGUGGUUACAAGUCAACCUCUAUGGUGCCGGCCGAGAUGUGUCGGGGAGUGUCUUCUCGGAAGGACGACUCUUGACACAGGAGGAUCGAAGAGGAUACGUCGGACCCAUUGUGUCCUAUCCCAAUCAACGCAACCAAACCACCUAUUACGUCUACGGGGAGUACUAUUCCGGUGUGGAUGCCAAAAGGGCCUACUCACCCGACUCACUCGGCACGUUUACUCUGCAGGAGAUUGAUACGGAAGCGGAAGAAGAAGAGGCGAACUAUUACCCAGCAAAGGAACCGCAAGCGAAUGACAAUGGAUACGAUAGUUUUGAUGAUCUUGCCAUGGCCGGUUUUAAUUUCACUGGUGCCUUGGCUUACGAUGGUAGUGUCAGUGAUAGUGGGUCGUACGGUGACAGGGACGAAUAUGAAGAGGAAGAGGACGACGACUAUUGCGAUGAUGAGUACUACGGCGAUCAGUACCACGAUGAUGGGUACUACGAUACUGCCACAGACGAUUGGGGUGGCUCUGGCCCCGAUCUGCCUUUUCAAUAG